AUGUCACCAUUCAAUACAUCGGAACUGAUUAGCGAAGACUGUCUUCACCUCAAUAUAUGGACCUCUAGUGUCAGUCCCACCGCUAAUAUGCCGGUUAUGUUCUGGAUAUAUGGCGGCUCUUUCAUUAUGGGUUCGGCCACCAAACAAGUGGACGGCUAUAAUAUCUUUGACGGCACACAACUGGCCCUCAAAGAUGUAGUGCUCGUGACGGCUAACUAUCGUUUGGGUGUUUUCGGGUUCCUAUACGGCAAUAGUAGUGAUGCUCCGGGAAAUGUCGGCUUUUGGGACCAGGUUAUGGUCAUGAAGUGGAUUAAGGCUGAGAUCAGCAAAUUUGGCGGUAAUCCCAACGAUGUGACCAUAUUUGGUGUGAGCGCCGGUAGUGGUUCAGUCAGCGCACAUGUAUUAUCCCCAGUAUCAAGGCAACUAUUCUCUAAGGGUAUUAUGCAAUCAGCUGCAACUUACCAGGAUCGUGCCCCAUUGGAAAAGGCGCUUAAAUUCUCAAAAGAUUUUGCCGCAAAUCAAAACUACUUUUCCACAAACGCCUGUCCGGACACGGAUUGGAUUAAAUGUCUUGAAGGGAAAUCAAGCGAUGAACUAAAUGAGGCCCAAAACAAAGUGUUUUACGACAAGUUCACCGAAACGGGUGGCGUUCCCUUUACACCCAUAUCCGGCGACCAAUUCAUGCCUCGCAACUGCAUCCCAGCCAUCAAAGAGUCGGACUUCAAAACCGAUGUCCGGCUACUGAUAGGUCACAGUGCGAUGGAAGGGGUGUCCUUUGCCCGCGAUUUUGACGACAUGUUUGGUCUCGAGGGUCGCUAUAAUCCCAAACAACUGUCUCGAGUGACCAGAAGUCAAGUCUACGACGAUAUCAAACUAUUUAUAUCAAAAACGGAUGACUUGAACGGAAAGAUCGCCGGCGCCUAUACCGACCCUUUCGGAGCCGACGGCACCGAUCAGAGUCGGCAACUGAUCCGAGCGGCCGCUCACGCCUAUGGAGACUAUGUUAUCACAUGUCCGACCAUUUUAUUUGGCGCCGAACUGGUCCGACAGACAGCGUUUAAGGGAACGGUAUAUCAAUAUCGACUGACGUAUGCCAACUCCCAGUCCAUAUCGUACGACAGCUAUUGGGCAGAGGCCGAGCACACCGAUGAACAACCACUGGUUUUCGGCCGACCCCUCAAUGAGCCCGAAAACACGUGGACUCAAACCGAUCGCAAGAUUAGUCAACUAUUUGUGGACAUUUGGACGGAUUUCGCCAAAAAUGGUAAACCAUCGCUUAAUGGCACAGAUUGGCCUCAAUAUGGAGUGGAAUCCAAUGGGAAUCCGAACCUAUCGUAUGUGGAGUUGAAUCCAAUGCUCGAGAAUUCAUAUGUAAUUCAUGUGAAUAAAUAUCGCGGAAAUGAUGACCCAAUGCUCGCAUUCACAUCGCGUCUGGAAAAGUGCAUUGAAUUGAAUGGUGAACACGUGUGUAGUAUCUGUGGCACCAAAUGGACGGGUAUUACUUGGGAGAGACAGCCCAAAGACUAUCGACAAUAUCACAACGAAUAUCCCGAAGACUUUUGGAUAAUAAUGAUUUGUUUGAUAUCUCAAUUUGUGGGUGGGCCUUACUUUGUAUAUCUAUUAGAUAUUAUCUAA